AUGACAGAUCACGAUUCAGAUGUCGCCAUAUUUUGGGAUUACGCUCCCGGCUACGAUAUCAUCGAGAAUAUCCGUCAGAUCGCGCACAAAUACGGGAGCGUGAAACUGUUCAAAGCAUACCUCGAGAUAUCCGAGCAGCCGUCGCCAAAUUCAACUCGUCUACGCUCUGAGCUUCAAUCAUGCGGUGUAUCACUGAUAGACUGUCCUCACAAUGGAAGGAAGGAUGUCGCCGACAAGAUGAUGAUAGUCCUUGUCGCCCCGAACUCCGCGCAUGCCAGUCUUCGGUCCCAAGCUUCCGUGAUCCUGGAUUGGGAAGCGGAUGUCCUGGGGAAGAGGGCUGGAAAUGCGAACACCAACAUGCAUCGGCGCACGCAGUCAUCCGGCUCCAUGCUCGUGCCCUCACCGAUUGCCCAACGAGGUGCUCGGAGAUUGUCUUCCCGUGAAACUUCAUCGACGCCGAACGUAGAGUUCUUGCAACCUUCACCCGAUAUCAUUGAUCCUCGGCACCGAGCCACGCGUUCCCAGUCAAAUUCCUCUGCAAAGAAGCCGGUCAUCCCCAGUCUCUCGUCUUCCAGCAGUAGUGUCCCUCAGUCCGCCUUCGUCACCCCAAUCAGGCAGAAUGAUGCACUUCCCGUCGCCGACGACGCAUGUUCGUCUACCCAGGGUCAGAUAUCAGAAACGGAGACCAUUGUGGAUCUCAAUGAUCAUUUGCGAAGCCUUGAUGAGGAGCGUUCCCGCACUAUUAUUGAACCAUCUAUCAAUUCGGGUUCAGAGACAAGGCUUGAUAUCCCCAGACCAUGUUCGGCGCCUGCGUCCAUGCCGCAGUCAGAGCCAACGAUUCUGCUCGAAGCAGCGGAUUAUGAGGAUAGACCUUCAGUUGCAUUACCUCCCGUCAGCGACUGUCCGGAUAUUCCCAUCCUAUCAGAUGUUGCUGAGCAGCUAGUCACAGAAAUCCAUCGAACUCCCACUCCCCAGAUCGCGCACAACGACAGAGUAACAGUUGGUUCAAUCGAGCUACCGGAGCCAGAGCCAGCAUGCAUACAAUCAUCAACCGCAGGUGUCAAAACGGCAACCCCAGCGUUAUCGUCACCAGUGGAACAAUCCAGGACGCGGGACAACACACUCAGCUAUCCUCAAACAUCAUUCUCGAACGUACCUACUAUCCCAUUGAAUCCCACUGUAUCUGCAUAUAUACCCGCUCAAUGGCCGGUCCCCACACGAUUCAUUCCUCUCGUCCGAGCUCUCGAGCUCUCUCGGUCGCAGGGCCUUGAAGCUCCGCUGUACAACAGUUUUGCCUUUACCAUGCUACAACACUACCCAGAUGCCUACGAAGCCGCCGGUGUCAGUCGGUGGAAGGAAUACGUGAGUCUUGCAGAGAAAGAAGGCAUUAUCACUGUUGGCGGUCCAGAGUCGAGGCCGACAAUCUCCCUUGUUCUCGCGUGGCAAGGCAGUGCUACCACUGUGUCUCUCUCAACGGCAAAAGCUCCUACCUCGGCCGGAUCGAAUGCCCCAGGUGUUCCGGACACGCCAAUCACAUGCUCCAAUAGUGCUGACCUUUCACCUUCGGUUGUAUUACAACCCACAUCUUCCGAUAGUACCCAGAUGCCCCUGAUUCUUGCCAAGAUUCCUCCUCCGCAGUCUGUCGGUUCACCCAAAACCUUGACAUCCACUAUCGAGGUACCUCGUCAGGAUGUCCCAGCGCGGUUUGUCCCUCUAGUCCGGUAUCUUGAGCGGGCGCUGUCUCUAGGGUAUGAUGCUCCAAUGCAUAGCAGUGUCGCACGUCAGGUUGUGCGUGACUACCCCGAUGCGUAUGAGCUCGCAGGUGUCAAGCGCUGGACCGACUAUGCUGCUCUGGCAGAGAAAGCGGGUAUCGUGGUCUCUGGGGGUCCAGAAACGAAACGAUGGAUGACCUUGUCCCCGGAAUGGUGGCCCACCGUUGUGCUUGCUCCAGCAUCAUCGGCAGGAUCACCAAGCACCGGAAACAACACUAAUACCUCCACGACGGGCCAGAUGUUUUCCCCUUCAUCUACGACCUCGGUCCCUGGUGCGAGUGCUUCUGGAUCUCUGUCUGCUGUCGAAGUGCCAGAUACCGUGGCUGCUUCCGAACCACCUAGCCGGUCUUUGAACAAUGUGCCAUCCUCAGCAACAGCGAAAGAAUCGUCAUGUGUGCACGCCAGCACCUCACAAGAGGUGACCACCAUGGGCCAAACUCCCUCUACCCCGCAGCAGGACGUGCCACUCGAUUUCAAUCACACAGCCGCCUUCUCUAAUAAACCACAACCUCGACCGCCGGCAUCCUCGACCUCGAGUUCGCAACCAUCGCCAGGGGACCUCAAGAGUCAAGCAGCAUCGACACAGCCGUCACCUGUGUCCGGUACUCCGCUACCUACAGUUCCUGCGAAGUACAAGACACUUAUUCAAUUGCUGGAGAAGCACCGCUCGGCCGGUGUUCUCCAACCAAGGCGCUCUAUCAUUGCAGUUGCGUUGGUCGAACGAGAACGCAGUGUGUACAAGCUAGCGGGUGCACAGCGGUGGCGUGACUACUCCGACAUGGCUGUGGAGGACGGUAUAAUCAAACUGGGCGGUCUGCAGGCGGAAGCGUGGGUAUCACUGGAGCCAGCGUGGUAUGGCAGGGCGCCUACGCCUUCUUGGUAG